CGACGUUCAUAAUGUGAUUAAGGUGUUUACAUGUCUGUAAUACACGUCCAUAAUGCGACUAAAACAGGAAUACUCCACACGUCUUAAUUCGAUUAGAGCUUAAUUCCAGUAUGACUUUAAAUAGACUAAGGUCUGGUCCCAGUCACUGUAUCCGUCCUGAGAACCGUCCCUCACAAUUAUAACCUGAUGAUGACACUGGUGACCUGGCCUGAUGCACAGAGUUACUGCAGGGUGAUGUACACUGACCUGGCAACAAUCCUAAGUGAUACUGAUUGGCUACGAUUUGAGAAAGAAGCAGCAAGCAAACGUCUGACAACAUUUGCCUGGGUCGGAUUGUACAAUGAUAUCAAUAGCUGGCGCUGGUCCUUAAACGAUCUCCCACUGAAUGUCAGUUAUACCAAUUGGUACACUGGACAGCCUGAUAAUGCUGGUGGAAAAGAAGCAUGUGGUCUAAUAGUUUACUAUAAAACAUGGUGGGAUAUACCAUGUACACAACUAAGACCCUUCAUAUGCUACAAUGCUAAUUUCAGUGGUGCUGCCAGGUUCAUCGGCAUCAGUAGUCCUUAUAUGACCUGGCCUCAAGCUCAAACUUACUGCCGAACACAUCACACAGACUUGGCCAGCUCUCUGAACAGCUCAGACAACGACAUGUUAGUGCAGGUGAGUAGUAUCCAGGGUGAUUCCUGGAUUGGGCUUUACAGAGACACUUGGAAGUGGUCAGACGGGACCAACGCUUCAAACAUCCCAUGGGCUCCUGGAGAACCUAAUAAUUUUUGGGGCCAUGAGAACUGUGGAGUGGUGUAUAACGGACUGUUCUACGAUGAACGAUGCACCAACCUGCACUAUUUCUUCUGUCACACCAUUUACCCAGCGAGGAGUCAGAUAAUCAGACUGCAGGUGAAGUCUGAUGGGAGUGUGUUUGAUCCUGCUGUGCAGUCGUCCAUUUUAGAUCAGAUCAAACAGAAACUGGAGGAAAAAGGCAUGUUGGAGAACACCACAGUGACCUGGAAGGUGCAGCCAGAUGGAAACAUCUUCCACAAGAAAAAGGAUGAUCUGUAACGUCUAAACGCUCACCUUCAAGUCGAGCAGAUUCCAAACUGACUGAAAUUUUAUUUAACCUACAACAUUUAAGCUUUAAUCAGUAGGCAGUGUCAGAGGACAAGAUUAGCCAGAAGUAGAGGAAUAAACGUAUUUAAUUGCUCUGAUUGGAACACGCCCACUUUGACAGUCAGUUUUCAAUGUUAUGGCAAAUAUUUAAUAUUUAAGAUGUUAUUUUAAUAUUAAUGAGGAAAUAUUUUCCUCAUAAAAGCGUCUGCUGAAUGAAUAAAUGUAACUGUUCAGCUUUUGCUGCAAGAGGCCACUGAACACAGUGAUGAGGAGAAAGUCAGAGAGGGUAUGUUCAAUACUGGGUGUAAAGGGGUUAUAUGAUGAUUAAACAUUGUUAAAAGUGAAUUAUUUUGUUUGUUGGGUGUAAUAGAAUAGGUUAACAUGCUUUUAUGCUUAAAAAACACAUUAUUUUUCACAUGCUAUACAUUAUUGCAGUACUUCUAUUCCCGGCCUGCCUGAAACACUCUGAGUAGGUUCCGGUUACUCCAAAGCUCUAAUGUUUGAUAAGUUUAUAUCAAGUAACGGCAAUCCGCUACCUCUUCUCUGUAGCCUUUUGAGUACUUCUCCUCUUGAGCCGCUUUUCCUCCCUUUCCCUUUAGUCUGUUUGAGGUUUAGGUCGACCGAUAGGCUCUUUGGGACAUUUUUUAAGAGUGUUGAGUCUGUGCUUGGUGAUUAAAGCAAGUGGGCACAAGUCCAGCAGUAGCCUCUGUGAAUAAACCAGGUUUUUCGGUGGUUAAUACAUGUUCCAGUCAGCGGUUUGCAGACAGCCACGAUUGGGUGUGAAAUAACCACCAGAAGUCACAGAGUUGUCCAAAAGUUAGCCAUCGAGUUUCUAAAUAAGAAAAGCUAAAUACACUUUCUACAAAAUGUAACCUAAAACUCUUUAAUUAAAGACUUAAAUGCGACAACACACACACACACACACACAGAGCCUGUGUCACGAGUCGCACAUGCAGCGCUGCACCCUGGAGGUGAAUUUUAUAAGUAAAAUUCCCCACAGCUGAAUAUCAAAACUUUAGCUAGCACAUUAGCAGAGGUCUCCAGCUGAGCCCUGGGCCACAACACAAAUCUCCACGUUUGAACAGUCAAUAGCAGAUUCUUCAGAAAAUAAUCUCACACUUCCAGGUUCUGAUUCGGAAGCGCAAGAUUGUGCGAGCAAAGUGAAAAUCGCCCCAUUUUUCAGGAGUAGCCUUCGUGAACAGCCUGUGUUGUACUCUCCCAGGUUCAGGAGGCCGUCCUCCGUAAAAUGCGCUGCACACAAGCAAACGUUUGGGUUGUACUGCUCAGGAACAGCGUUCUAAAUCAAUUUUAACCACCGAUUCCUAAUUUUGUCUGUUUUCAUAAGGCCAGACAAAGGGGUAUCGAAACACACAGCGUCUCCACGACAUGACGCCAAACAAUUCACUGAAGUCUCGCCUUCUUUCUUCAUACCUGCCUUUGGGCGGGAUUAUGCUAAUAUUUCAAACAGUGACGCAGAUGUUUGCGGAAGUAAUAUCUGGACUUCAAUCAAGGCGUUUUAGGCGGGUCUGGAGCAGUGUUCUCUGUUAGACAGAAUAAAUCCCUUUGUGAUGAUGAGCUUUGUAACGUUGCAGAUCUUAUACAUGCACACAAAGAUAGAUUACACACUAAAUAAAAAGGAAAACAUUCAACAGCAUCAAAUGACCCCUUUAAUGCAUCAGUGUGUCAUAGUAAAGAAUAAUUCUUAUAUAGAAGAUUGUAACAGAACCUGUAAAUACACGGUGUGUACUUUGGACAGUCAUAUAUAAUGCACUUGACACUUACUUUAAUUUUCUUCUUCCAAAUCUACAGUUAUAAAUAUAUAAUUUCUUGUGUUUUAUUUCAUUUCUGUACCUAAAGGCAUUAAUAAUAUAAAUUAAUAUCAUCAAUAAACAAUUUUGAAUAUAAACCUCUUGUAACUAUUUUGUAGUCAGAAUUAAGAAAGGUGUUUUAUAAAAUGUAAUUCUACAAAUAAUAUUAACUGCAAUACUUACAUUGACCAGGGG